AUGGUAUCGCAGGAGCCGUACGAGAAACCAUCCACAUCGGAAGAUACAAUCAACCACGCAUCCGUGGAAGCACAUAAGCAGGCCUCUGCGGAGGCUGCCAACGACAAAGGCAAGAGUGUCAAGAAAGAUGACGCGUGCUGUGCCUCAUCUAAUCGUGUCGAUCCUGCGUCUGCGCCCGGGACCGACGCCAACAGUGGCCCACUAAAGCUGCAUGGCUACAGUGUCGGCGAUGACGACUGCAGCGAGACGCGGAGCACUGCGCGCGAGAAGGACGAGUGCGGGGAUGUCAUGUCCCCUCUGUUGUCGCGCUCCGAGAAGCUGUGUGUCCGGCACCAGCGCAUGGCCGACGAAGAUACGACGGCGCGACUGCAAAAGUCGAUUGAUACCCUCUCCCUCGCCGAGCAGACCGCUGUCAACACGGUCUGGUCGCUCUUUUCCUCCUCGCCACACUCGCGGAGGGCCAUUAUUCUGCGGGGCAUUUUGACCAUGUGCUGUUUCAGCCAACUGUCGCUCCUCUCCUCGGAGCUGGCGAUGGCGAUCCGGAUCGACCCGUUCACCCUAUUCCCCCGCGAGGUGUCGCUGCGUGUGCUGGGCUACCUCGAUGCGAUUAGUCUCGGACGCGCGGCGCAAGUCAGCCGUCUGUGGCGCACGCUGGCCGACAACGACCUACUGUGGCGCAACAUGUGCGAGCAGCACAUUGAGCGCAAGUGCGAAAAGUGCGGCUGGGGCCUACCGCUUCUCACCGAGCGCCGCGCGCGCAAGGAACAGGAGCCGCUGAGCUCGUCGGGCAUUUCGCUAGCCCAAGACGAAGAGUACCGCGAGGCUGCCGCAUCGUCCGGCGACGGCAGCUUGCGCCGCAGCGUCACGGCGGCUGCAAACGCAGCGGCCCUGCAGCGUCGCUCGCUCCUGACGCCCCACGGCUCGCCGUACGGCUCGCGCUCGCAGUCGCCAGCCGACGAGCACGCCGCCAAGCGCCAGCGCCUCGACAGCGAUAGUGACACGUCGGAGCGCUCGAAGCGCAUCGCCGGCAAGGGACACGGCAAGACGCGGCCGUGGAAGGCCGUGUACUGCGAGCGACUCGUGAUCGAGCGCAACUGGCGCCGUGGUCGGCACUCUGUGCGCCUCUUGCAAGGGCACACCGACGGUAUCAUGUCGCUGAGCUUCCGCGAGACAGUGAGCCGCCUGCCGUACCCUGUGCUGAUUACCGGCAGCUACGACCGCACGGUGCGCGUGUGGAAUCUGCGCACUGGCGAGCUUUUACGCACACUCUGCGGCCACGCGCGCGGCGUGCGCUGCCUGCAGUUUGACGACGUCAAGCUGAUUACCGGCUCGAUGGACCGCACGCUCAAGAUCUGGAACUGGCGUACUGGUGAGCUGUUGCGCACGCUAGAAGGACACACCGAAGGCAUUGUGAGCCUCAACUUUAACGACUCUGUGCUGGCGAGCGGCAGUGCCGACAGCAACGUCCGCGUGUGGAACUUUCAUACCGGCGAGUGCUACUCGCUGCGGGGCCAUCGCGACUGGGUGAACGCAGUGCAGCUGUGGUCUGCGCCAGCGCCGCGCGGCCGCAAAGAGGACGGUGUGGUACCGCCCAUGUUCCUCUUUUCUGCGUCAGACGACGGCACGAUCCGCCUCUGGGACCUGCAAACGCGCGAGUGCAUUCUGGUCUACCGCGGCCACGUCGGCCAAGUUCAGUCGCUGAAGCUGGUCAUGAUGGACCAUGCAUCGGUGCGCAAGCUGAGCCGCGGCACAACGACGCUGCCGAGCAACGCGCCGAUCGGUCCCGACGACCCCCUCGAGACGCCGCCGACCGAAGGCGCGUCGACGCCGGGCAAGACGGAGGCGGCGCCUGCACGCUCGGCGGCCAGCUGCAGCUACACGCCGAGCAAUGCGCAGGACGAGCAGAUGGUGCACGCCUCGGCGCCUGCGCUCCCCGAGCGUUUCUACUACCAGCCGAACGGCGCGCCGAACGGCGAGGAGGAUGCAGAAUCGCGCCCCCGUCCCAUCCCCUCGUCGAUCGGCCUGACGCAGCGGCGCCUCGGCGCAGCAGGCCUUGUUCCCCCACUGCCCGCCUUCGCGUCGAUGGACGACAUCGAGGACGGGAUCUUUUGCCACGACGAGCCCGAUGGCGCGACGGACGCCGCAAACGCCAAAGGGCCGUGCAAGGCCAAGCGCCCGGUGCUUGUCUCGGGCUCCCUGGAUAAUACGCUAAAGCUAUGGGACGUGCGCACUGGGCAGUGCUUCCGCACGCUCUUUGGGCACGUCGAAGGUGUGUGGAGCGUCGACGUCGAUACGCUCCGCAUCGUCUCUGCCUCACACGACCGCACGGUCAAGGUGUGGGACCGCGACACUGCGCAGUGCCAAAACACGCUUGUUGGCCACCGCGCCGCAGUGACGUGCAUUGGACUGGGCGAUGACAAGAUCGUGAGCGGCAGUGACGAUGGCGAUGUACGAGUAUGGAGCUUUGCUCCCGAACCCCUGUCCUUCCCGGAUCACAAGGAGGCCGCGUGCGAGGGCAAGACAUAG